GCUCCAUUUGGCAAUUCGCAAGUCGUGGCCAAAGUUAAUGGCAAAUGCUAAUCGCCACUGACAGCUAAACUUUUGAGCUAAACUUUUGAGUGCCAGGGUUGACUUUGCCUUGUGCCAUGCGGCUAUUAUUAUUAUGUGUAGGUUGUUUGCUGUAACGAUGUUAGUAACUAGUAACUUGGGUCUUUUUUCCCUUAAGAACGACCAUGAUCCACAUUUAAAUAUUGAGAGCUUUUGGGACUUCAAGACUGACUCCAACUUGCAAGUUGGACCCUCAUGCUCAUAGCGUCGCCCCGUCAUUGAGAUCAUGCGAUCAGGUGUACAGUCAUGAGGAAUUACCCAUAGGCGACUUGUCAACUGCCUGUCAUCAUGCUGCAUUUUCCAGAUCGCAGCGCGUCGAUCUUUAUCGUCACUGUUGUCUUUUUGGGUCUGUCUUUCAUCGCUGUAUGCUUACGAUGCUUUGUCCGGUUGAAGUUGGUCAAGGCCUUUGGGUGGGAUGACACUAUCAUGGUGGUCGCGAUGGCCUUGAACAUCUUGUUCGCCUUAUGCGGUAUAACAGGCUCUCUAUAUGGAAUGGGCCGGAAAUUGGCGCAUGUGGAACAGUUCUCGACAGCACUAUUUUGGUGGUGGCUCGGUCAGACAAGCUACGUAGUAACGUGCGUGGUCGCCAAAAUCUCGAUCGCGGUAGCCCUCCUCCGCCUCACCGUGACAAAAACGCAUAAAAUCCUUCUGUGGACUGUCAUUGGAGUGACCAUCGUCGUUGGUCUGGUGUUCUGGUUCGUCCUGACUUUGCAAUGCAAACCGGUAUCGUAUUUCUGGAACCGAAAAUCACCUGGAGCGAAAGGAACCUGCCUCAGUACGGACACUAUCAUCAAUGUCGCCUACCUUUACAGUGUAACUGCGACACUGUGCGACUUAGUUCUUGGUCUUUUGCCCAUCUCGCUGGUCUGGAAGCUCCAAAUGACGCGGAAGACAAAGAUUGCAUUGGCUGCUAUUUUGAGUUUGGGAUGCAUAGCCAGCGCUGCCGUCAUCGUUCGCAUUCCCUACCUUCACUUAUACAAAGACUACGAGUUCCUUUACGCAACGACGGACAUCAGUAUCUGGUCUAACGUCGAGGCAUCGCUGGGUAUAAUGGCCGGUAGUCUCGUGACUCUCCGUCCACUCUUCCGUUGGUUCCGUGGCACCAGUUACGGAAGGAGCGGAACUACGAAGAAGACAUUCGGCAGCGUGCCCCUCUCGAGCAUGAACGGGAACGGCAAUGGGACACACCAAUCGAAGCAUGACCGAGACGCGACGCAGUACUGGCGACCUGACGUAUAUCCCCAUGAAUCACGGGCCGUCGUCACGACUAUUCAGACUUCUCCCCACGGAAGCAAGAGUAGCAGCCAGGAGGACUUGAAUCCCAAGCAGGAGCCUUUGCAUGGUGUGAAUGUACACAAGUCUUUCCUUUCCUAUGAUUUACUAAACGAGGAACUUAAUCAUAAUUCUGCGUCGUUUGACCGUCGUGGUCAUUCGAGUGUCACCAUGGCUAAACUCGUGGACGAUCCCCAAAUCAAAUAUGCGUCACUGCAUAACCCUCUCCCUACUCAACUUCAUACCUAUGUGUGGCCUUUCCUGAUCAUCUGGCCUGCCUUCUUCGCCGUGUACCUCUCCCCUGAGCGCUACGAUACAUACAUUCAAGGACAAGAAUGGACAUUCGUCUGGUCUGGAUCGAUCAUCACGGCGCAGUCUCUCCUUUGGUUGAUGACAAAAUGGAAUAUCAACAUCCAAACCCUGUUCACCGCGACCAAGGCCCGAUCUCUCGACUCUGCGCAGCUUAUUAAAGUGAUCCCGGUCGCCAACGCUGGCUCUGCCGAGAUUUGCCCUCUUCAUUGCGACACAAUGGGUGGAAAGAAGACAUUCUCGUUCCUCUUCCAGAAGCGUCGCUUUCUCUACUACCCGGAGCCCCAAGCCCCGGUCAAGGUCUUUCAGCAAACCCAGGGCUUGACCUCCAAGGAGGAGAUCGAUCGCAUUCAGCAUCACUACGGAGAUAACACGUUCGAUAUUCCUGUUCCGACAUUCGUGGAGCUAUUCAAGGAGCACGCGGUGGCACCCUUCUUUGUUUUCCAGGUCUUCUGCGUUGGCUUGUGGAUGCUGGACGAAUACUGGUACUAUUCUUUGUUCACCCUCUUCAUGCUGGUUGUGUUCGAGAGCACCGUUGUGUGGCAACGUCAGAGAACCCUCAACGAGUUCCGCGGCAUGAACAUCAAGCCCUACGAUGUCUGGGUGUACCGCCAGAGGAAGUGGCAAGAAUUGACCAGUGACAAGCUUCUGCCUGGAGAUCUGAUGUCCGUUAAUCGCACCAAGGAAGAUAGCGGCGUUGCUUGUGACAUUCUCUUGAUCGAAGGUAGUGUUAUUGUCAACGAGGCCAUGUUGUCGGGUGAGAGCACGCCGCUCCUGAAGGAGUCCAUCCAGCUUAGACCCGGAGAUGACUUGAUCGAGCCUGAUGGUUUGGACAAGAACGCCUUUGUUCACGGAGGUACCAAGGUAUUGCAAAUCACCCAUCACAACUCGAACGGAGAAGAUGGGUCGGAGAAUGCGCGGAGACUUUCGUCCGGGGUUCCCCUUCCUCCAGACAAUGGCGCUGUUGGUGUGGUCGUGAAGACGGGGUUCGAGACCAGCCAGGGAAGCCUUGUUCGUACCAUGAUUUAUUCCACCGAGCGCGUCUCCGCCAACAACGUCGAAGCCCUGCUGUUCAUUCUUUUCCUCCUCAUUUUCGCCAUCGCUGCGGCAUGGUAUGUGUGGCAAGAAGGUGUAGCGAAGGAUCGCAAGAGAUCGAAGUUACUCCUUGAUUGCGUCCUUAUCGUCACUAGCGUCGUUCCUCCCGAACUGCCUAUGGAACUCAGUCUUGCGGUCAACACGAGUCUGGCUGCACUGAGCAAGUUUGCCAUUUUCUGCACUGAGCCUUUCCGUAUUCCCUUCGCUGGUCGUGUCGAUAUCGCUUGUUUUGAUAAGACUGGCACAUUGACCGGCGAGGAUCUGGUCGUCGACGGUAUUGCUGGUCUUACCUUGGGCCAUGAAGGUGCCAAUGUUGGAAAGGACGGCGCUCACACGGAACUUGCCAAGUCUGCUAAAAUCCCAUUCGACACGACCCUUGUGCUUGCGAGCGCCCAUGCUCUGGUGAAAUUGGAUGAAGGCGAAGUCGUUGGUGAUCCCAUGGAGAAGGCGACGUUGCAGUGGCUCGGCUGGACUCUGGGCCGGAACGACACUCUCAUGAGCAGGGCUGCUCAGCCCGCAGGCCCCCGCGCAGUUGAAUCUGUGCAGAUUAAGAGACGGUUCCAGUUCUCUUCUGCCCUCAAGCGUCAAAGCACAAUUGCUACAGUGGUGACGACCGAUCGUAAGACGUCUAAGAAGACCAAGGCAACCUUUGUGGGUGUCAAGGGUGCUCCUGAAACUAUCAGAACUAUGUUGGUCAACACGCCUCCGCACUAUGAAGAGACCUUCAAGUACUUCACUCGGAAUGGUGCUCGAGUUCUUGCCCUCGCAUACAAGUAUCUCUCUGCCGAAUCCGAGUUGUCUCAGGGACGCGUUAACGGUUACGUUCGUGAAGAAAUCGAAGCUGACCUUAUUUUUGCCGGCUUCCUUGUCCUUCAAUGUCCUUUGAAGGAAGAUGCUAUCAAGUCGGUGCGUAUGCUGAAUGAGAGCAGCCAUCGUGUGGUCAUGAUCACCGGCGACAACCCCUUGACAGCUGUUCACGUCGCGCGCCAAGUUGAGAUUGUGGACCGUGACGUCCUUAUCCUCGACGCUCCUGAGAAUGACAUGUCCGGUACAAGACUAGUGUGGAGAUCCAUCGAUGACAAGUUCAACCGCGACGUCGAUCCAACUCAGGACUUGGACCCUGAGAUUAUCGAAACAAAGGACAUCUGUAUCACCGGUUAUGCUUUGGCUAAAUUCAAGGGUCAGAAGGCUUUCUCGACCCUUUUGCGUCACACCUGGGUUUACGCUCGCGUGUCCCCCAAGCAGAAGGAAGAUAUUCUCGUCGGACUCAAGGAUGCCGGUUACACCACUCUGAUGUGCGGUGACGGAACCAACGAUGUCGGAGCUUUGAAACAGGCCCACGUCGGUGUUGCGCUGCUGAACGGAUCUCCGGAGGACCUUGCGAAGAUCGCGGAACACUACCGCACGACGAAGAUGAAGGAAAUCUAUGAGAAGCAGGUAUCCAUGAUGCAACAUUGCGCAUCUUUACCCCCGGGACCGCGCAAUCCGCACUAUCAGAAGGCUAUGGAAAGGGAGGCUCAACGCAAGGGUGCCGCCACGUUGGCCACACUGGCCACGGCUGGAAACACGGAAGAGCAUAUCUCCACUAUCACCUCGCCUGGCGCGCAAGCUCUGCAGCGAUCCAAUGCCAACCUGACUCCUCAGCAACAGCGACAGCAGCAAGCUUCCAUUGCAGCUGCCGGCUUCGCUGACAAGCUCACGUCUUCCAUGUUGGAGCAGGAAUUGGACGACAGCGAGCCCCCUACAAUCAAGCUGGGAGACGCGUCGGUCGCUGCGCCGUUCACCAGCAAGCUGGCUAAUGUUAUCGCGAUACCCAACAUCCUGCGUCAAGGUCGUUGUACCCUGGUGGCGACUAUUCAGAUGUACAAGAUCCUUGCCCUGAACUGCCUGAUCAGCGCCUACAGUUUGAGUGUCAUCUACCUUGACGGUAUCAAGUUUGGUGACGGUCAGGUCACCAUCAGUGGCAUGCUCAUGAGUGUUUGCUUCCUUUCGAUUUCCCGAGCCAAGUCCGUGGAGGGUCUGUCCAAAGAGCGACCCCAGCCGAACAUUUUCAACGUGUACAUCAUCGGCUCCGUUCUCGGCCAGUUCGCCAUCCAUAUCGCUACUCUGAUCUACCUGUCGAACUAUGUCUAUUCCAUUGAACCGAGAAAAUCCGACAUUGAUCUGGAGGGUGAAUUCGAGCCAUCGCUUCUCAACAGUGCCAUCUACCUCCUCCAGCUCAUCCAGCAGAUCUCCACUUUCUCUAUCAACUACCAAGGCAGACCCUUCAGAGAGUCGAUCCGCGAGAACAAGGCGAUGUACUGGGGCUUGGUUGCUGCAUCUGGCGUUGCCUUCUCCUGUGCCACCGAGUUCAUUCCGGAAUUGAAUGAGAAGAUGCGCCUUGUUCCGUUCAGCACCGAGUUCAAGGUUACACUGACUGUGUUGAUGGUUUUCGACUACGCCGGUUGCUGGAUCAUUGAAAACGUGUUGAAGAACCUGUUCAGUGACUUCCGGCCCAAGGACAUCGCUAUCCGCCGGCCCGAUCAACUGCAGCGCGAGAUGGAGCGCAAGAAGCAGGAGGAGUUGGAGACUCAGGCAGAGAAGGAACGACAGAGGAAGGUCUAAAGCUAGAGUUUUGAUUUUUCUAUUGCUUCUUUUGCGUUAGAAUGAUGUGGGAGUUGGUAGACGUCUAGACCAUCUCUUGGUCGAACAUACGCAAAGCGCGUCGUUUGCUUGUGUAUAAAUGCACCCUAUAUUUUGAUGCUUGUGGAUAGAAGAAUACAACCACGUUUAUUCUGCAGAU